AUGAAGGGUUUUUUCACCACGAUAUGGCUAGCCCUCGCCGCCCUCCAUCAAUCGGCGGAAGCCAAUUCCAGUUCCUGGUCUGGCACUAAUAAUUAUUUCCUACAGGCAAUGUCAGACUCUGCUCAGGAUACCUAUAUUCAGACUUUGUCAUCCUACAACAUUAAGGUUGUCAGGCUCUGGGUUAACCAGGCUACCAAGGGCUGUAACAAGGGAAGCCAGCUUGUCAAGGACAUCCCACAGUUGGAAACCACUAUUGGACAAUACAACAGGCAAACUUUGGAUGAGCUGGAUAAGCUAUUGGUCAAGUUGUCUGGGAAGAACAUCAAAGCUAUCAUCUCCCCUCAUGAUUCGAACUCCCUGAUCGGUGACUACAGGAAGGACGCAUAUUGGGCACAUUGGGGCGCUGGAUAUUUCUAUCAAAAGCAGGAAGCCUUCGAUGCAUACGACUCUCGCCUGUCGUACAUUCUCAACUACAAGGGCGCAUACUCAGGACAAGUCUGGAAGAACUGGCCUCAAGCCAUCUUUAGCUUCAAUAUCCAGAACGAACCAAUGACCCCUGAACCCAGCCAGUGCCAAAAUGGUGAUCCUACCGGCUGGAUGUGUGGCCGCGCUAGGCAUAUGCGCAAGGCAGGACUUGAGACCCGUAUCCUAGUCUCUACUGGUGGCCUGGGCGGUGACAUCUCGCACGGAUGCACCUUUCUCCCUGCUGUCACCCAAUGUGACGCCAUCGACGCCAUCUCCAUCCACCGCUACGCUAGUGUGCCUGGCCAAUGGAGCGCCAACAUGCCCAACUGGAUCAAACAAGCUAAUGGAAAAAAGAUCUUUCUUGAAGAAUGGGGCAUAGACUCUCAAAAGUAUGAUCAAAAGUCAGCAUUCGUCUCGGAAGCGACCAACAUGAACUCUGUUGGUCUGCCUCAUCUGUACUGGCAACUCCUGCCCAUAUCGAAUGGCAACUGCAACUACGAUCCCAAGAAGGACAAUGGUGACCCAUUUGGUAUCUACACUAAUUCUGGAGUUCCUUUGGCUGGUCCGAUCAAUGCUGCUACCUCGUCUGGAGCUGCGCAUGACUGGACUGGCACGCUGUAUUGA